GUGCCUCACAGCAAAAUCAUAGUUAAUUCAUUUAGAGAUUUUGACAGUAAUCUGUACUUUGUAAUUCAGCCAAUUCAGUGGAUUUUUCAUCUUUUCCAGGUCUGAAGAAAUAUAGAGAAAAAAGCCACAGGAGUGAGUGGGGGAAAGACAGAAGAAUACCCUCAAAAUGGAGGAGGAAGAAUAUGAGGAAGUUGUGGAGUACUACAUUGAGGAGACAAUUAUUGAAGAGGGUGAACCACAUGAGGUGGUCACUGAGAUCACUGAGACCACUACCACAGAUUUCACAGGUCCUAAAACCAUCACCUAUACUGUUGAGCAUGAAAAACCUUCCAUUGAGGAUGCAGCACCUCCAGUCAGAAAGAAGAUAAUACGGACAAAAGUGGACACAUCUAAGUUUUUGACACCUUAUCUGCAACACAGUAAUAAAAUGAAGGACCUGUUCAGUGAGAACAAAUACAAAGAAAAAUUUAGAAAAGAAAAAGGAAAGCCAUAUGCUUCCACAAUUGAUACCCCAGAAAUUCGGAGAAUCAAGAAAGUGCAAGACCAGCUCAGUGAGGUUAAAUACCGCAUGGCUGGUGAAGUUGCUAGAACUAUUUGCCACGUCGAUGAAAAGGCCAAGGAUAUAGAACAUGCAAAGAAAGUAUCGCAGCAAGUGAGCAAGGUGUUAUAUAAACAGAACUGGGAGGAGAACAAGGACAAGUACUUACUUCCUCCUGAUGCCCCAGAGCUUGUGAAUGCAAUAAAAAAUACAGCAAUGUUCAGUAAGAAACUCUAUACAGAAGACUGGGAAGGAGACAAAACAUUAUUCUAUCCAUACAAUGACAGCCCAGAACUUAGAAGGGUGGCACAAGCUCAGAAGACUCUGAGUGAUAUUGUCUACAAAAAAGGGCACAAUGAACGAAAAUCUAAAUAUACUUCUCUGCCAGAUCCACCUGAUGUGGAACAAGCCAAGAAAGUGACGAGGCAGCUGAGUGAUAUUAUUUACCAUGAGGACUAUAAUAACAAGAUCAAAGGCAAGUGGAGUCAGACUCCAUGCUACGAUGUUGCAGUUGCAAAAAUGAAUGCAGAAAAUAUAAGUAUGAGAAAAUACCAGGAAGACUUUGAAAACAUAAAAGACCAAAUCUACUUUAUGCAGACUGAGACUCCAGAAUAUGAAGCUAAUAAGCGAGUUACAAAUAACGUCAGUAAGACAAAAUACAGAGCAGACUAUGAGAAGAACAAAGCUAAUGCAGAUUAUAAUGUGCUUCCUGCCACAGAGAACCCAUUGUUGAAGCAAUUGAAAACUGCAGGAGAUGUGCUGAGUGAUAAAUUAUACAAAGAAGCCUAUGAACAAUCAAAAGCAACAAGCAUGAAUUACUGUGACACACCAAAGUUUCAGACUGAUAGUGUUCUAAAGAAUUUUAGUGAUGUAAAAUACAAAGAUGCAUAUCAGAAGAAUAUUUUAGGGCACUAUUUGGGCAGUUUUGAGGACCCACAUCACACACACUGCAUGAAAGUUGAAGCUAUGAAGAGUGAUAAAAAUUACAAAGCAGAUUACGAGGAGGACAAGACAAAGUGCUACUUCCCUCAGACCAUAACUCAAGAAUAUGAAGCUAUUAAGAAGUUAGAUCAGUGUAAAGAUCACACCUACAAAAAGCAUCCUGAUCAAAUCAAAUUUACUCAAGUGACUGACUCUCCAGUACAGAAGCAAGCAGAGAUCAAUAGUAAACAGCUGAGUGAUAAACUAUACAGAUCUUCCGGAGAGGAAGUUAAACAUAAAUAUACUCUUACCCCAGAUGUCCCACAGUUUAUCCAAGCUAGAUACAAUGCAGCUAACGUCAGUGAUGCGUAUUAUAAACAAGACUAUCAUGAUCUAAUAGCUAAAGGAAACAAUGUAUCACUUGAUGCUAUUCCAAUUACUCGAGCCAAAGCUUCAAGAAACAUUGCCAGUGAUUAUAAAUAUAAAGAAGCAUAUGAAAAGACUAAAGGAAAACAAGUUGGUUUUAGAAGCCUGCAAGAUGAUCCCAAGCUUGUUCACUAUAUGCAUGUAGCAAAGAUUCAGUCUGAGCGUGAGUACAAGAAGGAUUACGAGAAGACCAAGACUAACUAUCAUACACCUCCUGACAUGUUCAGUAUCCAGGCUGCGAAAAAGUCUCAGGAUGUAGCUUCUGGUGCCCACUACAAAAAUCUGAUCCAUCACUACACUUAUCUGCCAGAUGCUAUGGAUGUUGAGCUUGCAAAGAAUAUGAUGCAAAUUCAGAGUGAUAAUGCAUACAAACAAGAUUAUAACAGCUGGUUCAAGGGUAUUGGAUGGAGUCCUCUUGGUUCUCUGGAUGUUGAAAAAGCUAAAAAGGCUGGAGAUGCAUUAAAUGAAAAGAAAUACCGUCAGCACCCAGACACCAUCAAAUUUACAAGUAUACCAGAUUCAAUACCAAUGGUUUUAGCUCAGCACAAUACCAAGCAACUGAGUGACGUAACAUAUAAGCAAGAGGGUGAGAAAGUAAAACACAAAUACACCCUGGAUCCUGAUGUUCCUCAGUUUAUUCAAGCCAGGGUCAAUGCCUUCAAUUUGAGUGAUGCGAACUACAAAGCAGACUGGAAAAAAACCAUUGCCAAAGGGUAUGAUCUGAAACCAGAUGCCAUUCCGAUUAUUGCUGCUAAAGCUUCUCGAAAUAUUGCAAGUGAUUAUAAGUACAAGGAAUCAUAUGAGAAAGAAAAAGGCAAACAGGUUGGAUACCGCAGCCUGCAGGAUGAUCCUAAACUUGUUCAUUACAUGAAUGUGGCCAAAAUGCAAUCAGAUCGUGAAUACAAGAAAGAUUAUGAAGUCAGCAAGACCAAAUAUCAUACUCCCUUGGAUAUGUUCAGCGUGACAGCUGCCAAGAAAGCUCAAGAAGCAGUUACGAACACGGGCUAUAAACAGCUAAUUCACAAUUAUACUCUCUUGCCUGAUUCUGUGAAUCUGGAACUAUCAAGAAAUGUGAUGCAGCUUCAGAGUGAUAAUGUAUAUAAAGCAGACUUUAAUAACUGGUUGAGAGGAGUCGGCUGGUUGCCAAUUCAAUCAUUGGACGUAGAAAAGGCCAAAAAAGCUACAGAGAUUCUCAGUGAAAAGAAGUAUCGCCAGCAUCCAGACAAGCUGAAGUACUCUAUUCCAAUGGAUGCAAUGGAACAAGUAUUAGCUAAGCAAAAUGCCAAGAUCAUGAAUAAGAGGCUCUACACUGAUAAAUGGAACAAAGAGAAGACCAGCAUUCAUGUUAUGCCAGAUACUCCAGAAAUUCUGCAGUCUAAAGUGAACCAGAUCACAAUGAGUAAUAAAUUAUACAAAGCCGGAUGGGAGGAAGACAAGAAGAAAGGUUAUGACAUGAAGACAGAUGCCAUUCCAAUAAAAGCAGCCAAAGCCUCCAGAGACAUUGCGAGUGAUUAUAAGUACAAACUAGCCUACGAAAAAGGAAAAGGAAAGCAUAUUGGGUUCCGCAGCCUUGAAGAUGAUCCCAAGCUAGUGCACUUCAUGCAGGUGGCUAAGAUGCAAUCUGAUCGUGAAUACAAAAAAGAUUAUGAGAAGGCAAAGACUAACUUCCAUACUCCAGUUGACAUGCUCAGUGUUGUGGCAGCCAAGAAAGCACAGGAAGUGGCUACAAAUACAAACUACAAAAGCUUGAUCCAUACCUACAAUGUUCUACCUGAUGCUAUGAGUCUUGAAUUAGCCAAAAACAUGAUGCAGUUACAAAGUGACAAUCAAUAUAGAGCAGAAUACGAUGAAAGCAUGAAAGGUGUUGGAUGGAUGCCACUGGGCUCCCUGGAGGCUGAGAAGAACAAGAAAGCAAUGGAAAUUGUUAGUGAAAAGAAAUACCGCCAGCAUCCAGACAAGCUGAAGUAUUCUGUUCCUAUGGAUUCCAUGAACAUGGUCUUAGCUUUAAAUAAUGCUAAAAUCAUGGAUGAGCACCAAUACAAACAAGCAUGGGAAGAAGACAAAAAGAAAGUUCACAUCACACCAGAUAUUCCACAGAUCGCUUUAGCAAAAGCUAAUGCAUUUAAUUUAAGUGAUAAAAUGUACAGACUUUCUUUUGAAGAAACCAGGAAGAAAGGGUAUGAUCUCAGAGCCGAUGCUAUCCCUAUUAAAGCUGCCAGAGCUUCUAGGGACAUUGCUAGUGAUUAUAAAUACAAAUUAGGUUAUGAAAAAGACAAGGGAAAGCUUGUAGGCUUCCGCAGCCUUCAGGAUGAUCCCAAGCUUGUCCAUUAUAUGCAAGUGGCUAAGAUGCAGUCUGAUCGUGAAUACAAGAAAGCCUAUGAGACGAGCAAGACGCAUUACCAAACACCUUCUGAUGCUCUCAGUAUUGUGGCAGCUAAGGAGGCACAAGAUCGUGUAACCAAUACAAACUACAAACGACUGAUACACCACUAUAUGCUUCUACCAGAUGCAAUGAGUUUUGAACUGUACAGAAACAUGAAUCAGAUACAAAGUAAUAAUGAGUACAAGCAGGAUUACAAUGAAUGGUUCAAGGGUAUUGGUUGGAGUCCUGCUGGUUCUCUGGACGUGGAGAAGUCUAAGAAAGCUACAGAAAUUGCAAGUGACCGGAAAUACCGCCAGCAUCCCAGCAUGUUCAAUUUUACAAAACAGAAUGACGCAAUGGACAUGGUCCUCGCAAAGCAUAAUGCAGAUAUAAUGAAUAAACAUGCUUAUACUCAAGCUUGGGAGAAGGAUAAAACUCAAGUUCAUGUGAUGCCAGAUACACCAGAUAUUCUACAAGCAAAACAGAACAAGGCGAACUACAGUCAGAAACUGUACAAGCUUGGCUGGGAGGAAAUGAUAAAGAAGGGCUAUGACCUCACACCUGAAGCCAUUUCAGUGAAAGCUGCCAAAGCUUCAAGGGACAUUGCAAGUGACUACAAGUACAAAGAAGGUUACCGCAAGCAACAGGGACAUCACAUUGGAUUCCGCAGCUUACAGGAUGAUCCUAAGAUGUUGUGGUCUAUGCAAGUAGCUAAGAUGCAGAGUGAGAGGGAGUAUAAGAAAGAUUUUGAGAAGUGGAAGACAAAGUUCAACAUGCCCGUGGAUAUGUUGGGCUUCCUUCUUGCUAAGAAAUGUCAGGAAUUGGUUAGCGAUAUAGACUACAAACAGAUGCUACACCGCUGGACUUGUCUACCAGACCAGAACGAUGUCACUCAAGCAAAGAGGGUCUAUGAACUACAGAGUGAUAAUCUAUACAAGUCAGAUCUACAGUGGCUCAGAGGCCUUGGAUGGAGUCCUUUGGGAUCUUUGGAAUCUGAAAAGAACAAGAAAGCUUCUGAAAUACUGAGUGAAAAGAAGUACCGGCAGCACCCAGAUACUAUUAAGUUCACAAGUAUCCCAGAUGCCAUGAAUAUCGUUUUAGCAAAAUCUAAUGCCAAAAAUAGAAGUGAUAUACUCUAUAGACAAGCCUGGGACAAGGACAAGACUCAGGUUCACAUCAUGCCUGAUACUCCUGAAAUUUUACUGGCUAAAUCAAACUUAAUCAACACAAGUGAUAAACAUUACAAGUUAGGAUAUGAAGAGUUGAAGAGGAAAGGCUACGAUCUUCCUCCCGAUGCUAUACCCCUCAAGUCAGCGAAGGCAUCCAGAGACAUAGCUAGUGAAUACCAAUAUAAAACUGCGUACCGGAAGCAGCUUGGCCACCACAUUGGAGCGCGAAACAUAGAGGAUGAUCCCAAGAUGAUGUGGUCGAUGCAUGUAGCGAAGAUCCAGAGUGACAGGGAGUACAAGAAGGCCUUUGAGAAGACAAAGACACACUUCAGCAGCCCCGUGGACAUGCUGGGUGUGGUGUUGGCCAAGAAGUGUCAGGAGCUGGUCAGCGACAUUGAUUACAAGCAUCAUCUGCAUCGGUGGACGUGUCUGCCGGACCAGAACGAUGUUGUACAAGCCAGGAAAGUGUACGACCUUCAGAGCGAUAAUGUGUACAAGUCCGACCUUCUGUGGCUGAGAGGCAUUGGCUGGUCCCCAAGUGGUUCGCUGGACGAUGAGAAGAACAAGAGGGCAAGCCUGAUCCUGAGUGACAAGAAGUAUCGUCAGCACCCGGACACCAUCAAGUUCACGAGCAUUCCUGACUCUAUGCCUAUGGUUCUGGCGAAGCACAACUCUGAAAUUAUGAACCAACGUGCGUAUACGUCUGCCUGGGAGAAAGACAAAACCAGCGUUCACGUUAUGCCGGAUACACCUGGUAUUUUGCUGGCCCAGCAGAACCAGCAGAACCUCAGUGAGAAACUGUACAGGCUUGCAAUGGAGGAAGAGAAGAAAAAGGGCUAUGACCUCCGCGCAGAUGCGAUUCCUAUCAAGUCUGCUAAAGCUUCCAGAGAUAUUGCCAGUGAUUACAGGUAUAAGGAAGGUUAUCGCAAGCAGCUUGGCCACCACAUUGGAGCGCGAAACAUAGAGGAUGAUCCCAAGAUGAUGUGGUCGAUGCAUGUAGCGAAGAUCCAGAGUGACAGGGAGUACAAGAAGGCCUUUGAGAAGACAAAGACACACUUCAGCAGCCCCGUGGACAUGCUGGGUGUGGUGUUGGCCAAGAAGUGUCAGGAGCUGGUCAGCGACAUUGAUUACAAGCAUCAUCUGCAUCGGUGGACGUGUCUGCCGGACCAGAACGAUGUUGUACAAGCCAGGAAAGUGUACGACCUUCAGAGCGAUAAUGUGUACAAGUCCGACCUUCUGUGGCUGAGAGGCAUUGGCUGGUCCCCAAGUGGUUCGCUGGACGAUGAGAAGAACAAGAGGGCAAGCCUGAUCCUGAGUGACAAGAAGUAUCGUCAGCACCCGGACACCAUCAAGUUCACGAGCAUUCCUGACUCUAUGCCUAUGGUUCUGGCGAAGCACAACUCUGAAAUUAUGAACCAACGUGCGUAUACGUCUGCCUGGGAGAAAGACAAAACCAGCGUUCACGUUAUGCCGGAUACACCUGGUAUUUUGCUGGCCCAGCAGAACCAGCAGAACCUCAGUGAGAAACUGUACAGGCUUGCAAUGGAGGAAGAGAAGAAAAAGGGCUAUGACCUCCGCGCAGAUGCGAUUCCUAUCAAGUCUGCUAAAGCUUCCAGAGAUAUUGCCAGUGAUUACAGGUAUAAGGAAGGUUAUCGCAAGCAGCUUGGCCACCACAUUGGAGCGCGAAACAUAGAGGAUGAUCCCAAGAUGAUGUGGUCGAUGCAUGUAGCGAAGAUCCAGAGUGACAGGGAGUACAAGAAGGCCUUUGAGAAGACAAAGACACACUUCAGCAGCCCCGUGGACAUGCUGGGUGUGGUGUUGGCCAAGAAAUGUCAGGAGCUGGUCAGCGACAUUGAUUACAAGCAUCAUCUGCAUCGGUGGACGUGUCUGCCGGACCAGAACGAUGUUGUACAAGCCAGGAAAGUGUACGACCUUCAGAGCGAUAAUGUGUACAAGUCCGACCUUCUGUGGCUGAGAGGCAUUGGCUGGUCCCCAAGUGGUUCGCUGGACGAUGAGAAGAACAAGAGGGCGAGCCUGAUCCUGAGUGACAAGAAGUAUCGUCAGCAUCCGGACACCAUCAAGUUCACGAGCAUUCCUGACUCUAUGCCUAUGGUUCUGGCGAAGCACAACUCUGAAAUUAUGAACCAACGUGCGUAUACGUCUGCCUGGGAGAAAGACAAAACCAGCGUUCACGUUAUGCCGGAUACACCUGGUAUUUUGCUGGCCCAGCAGAACCAGCAGAACCUCAGUGAGAAACUGUACAGGCUUGCAAUGGAGGAAGAGAAGAAAAAGGGCUAUGACCUCCGCGCAGAUGCGAUUCCUAUCAAGUCUGCUAAAGCUUCCAGAGAUAUUGCCAGUGAUUACAAGUAUAAGGAAGGUUAUCGCAAGCAGCUUGGCCACCACAUUGGAGCACGAAACAUAGAGGAUGAUCCCAAAAUGAUGUGGUCGAUGCAUGUAGCGAAGAUCCAGAGUGACAGGGAGUACAAGAAGGCCUUUGAGAAGACAAAGACACACUUCAGCAGCCCCGUGGACAUGCUGGGUAUCGUGUUGGCCAAGAAAUGCCAAGAGUUGGUCAGCGACAUUGAUUACCGCCACUAUCUGCACCAGUGGAUCUGUCUGCCAGACCAGAAUGAUGUUAUCCAUGCUAAGAAGGCCUAUGAUCUGCAGAGUGAUAAUUGCUACAAGUCCGACCUUGAAUGGUUGCGGGGCAUUGGUUGGGUCCCAAUUGGUUCCUUGGAUGUUGAAACAGCCAAGAAGGCAGGAGAGAUCUUGAGUGAUAAAUUAUACCGUCAGCCUCCGGACACAAUCAAAUUUACUAGUGUUACUGAUUCUCUAGAGAUGGUCUUGGCCAAGCAUAAUGCAGAGACGAUGAAUAAGCGUUUAUAUACAGAUGCCUGGAAUAAAGACAAGACACAAGUUCACAUCAUGCCCGACACACCUGAAAUCACACUAGCAAAACAGAACAUGCAAAACUACAGUGCGAAACUCUACAGACAAGCCAUGGAAGAAUCAAAAAAGAAAGGCUAUGAUCUGAGAAGUGAUGCUAUCCCCAUUCAAGCUGCCAAAGCAUCCAGGCAAAUUGCCAGUGAUUACAAGUAUAAGGAAGGUUAUCGCAAGCAGCUUGGCCACCACAUUGGAGCGCGAAACAUAGAGGAUGAUCCCAAAAUGAUGUGGUCGAUGCAUGUAGCGAAGAUCCAGAGUGAUAGGGAGUACAAGAAAGCCUUUGAGAAGACAAAGACACACUUCAGCAGCCCCGUGGACAUGCUGGGUAUCGUGUUGGCCAAGAAAUGCCAAGAGUUGGUCAGCGAUAUUGAUUACCGCCACUAUCUGCACCAGUGGAUCUGUCUGCCAGACCAGAAUGAUGUUAUCCAUGCUAAGAAGGCCUAUGAUCUGCAGAGUGAUAAUUGCUACAAGUCCGACCUUGAAUGGUUGCGGGGCAUUGGUUGGGUCCCAAUUGGUUCCUUGGAUGUUGAAACAGCCAAGAAGGCAGGAGAGAUCUUGAGUGAUAAAUUAUACCGUCAGCCUCCGGACACAAUCAAAUUUACUAGUGUUACUGAUUCUCUAGAGAUGGUCUUGGCCAAGCAUAAUGCAGAGACGAUGAAUAAGCGUUUAUACACUGAAGCAUGGAAUAAAGAUAAGACCAUGGUUCAUGUCAUGCCUGACACACCGGAAAUCCUGCUAGCUAAGCAAAACCAAUUAAACUACAGUCAGAAAAUGUACAAACUAGCUUUGGAGGAAUCAAAGAAGAAGGGUCAUGACAUGCGUUACGAUGCCAUUCCUAUUCAAGCUGCCAGAGCAUCCAGAGAGAUUGCCAGUGAUUACAAGUAUAAGGAAGGUUAUCGCAAGCAGCUUGGCCACCACAUUGGAGCGCGAAACAUAGAGGAUGAUCCCAAGAUGAUGUGGUCGAUGCAUGUAGCGAAGAUCCAGAGUGACAGGGAGUACAAGAAAGCCUUUGAGAAGACAAAGACACACUUCAGCAGCCCCGUGGACAUGCUGGGUAUCGUGCUGGCCAAGAAAUGCCAAGAGUUGGUCAGCGAUAUUGAUUACCGCCACUAUCUGCACCAGUGGAUCUGUCUGCCAGACCAGAAUGAUGUUAUCCAUGCUAAGAAGGCCUAUGAUCUGCAGAGUGAUGCUGUUUACAAAUCUGACUUGGAAUGGCUUAGAGGUAUUGGAUGGGUUCCUAUUGGUUCCAUGGAUGUUGAGAAAGCUAAGAAAGCUGGAGAAAUCCUGAGUGAAAGGAAGUAUCGUCAACCAGCAGACCAAAUUAAAUUUACUAGCGUGACAGAUUCUUUGGCUAUGGUAUUAGCCAAGCAAAAUGCUGAGAUAAUGAACAAGCGUUUAUAUACAGAAGCCUGGGAAGCAGACAAAACAUCAAUUCACGUCAUGCCUGACACUCCAACAAUUUUAUUAGCAAAGGCCAAUGCAGCUAAUGUUAGCCAUAAACUUUAUAUACAAGCCUGGGAAGAUGCCAAAAAGAAGGGUUAUGACUUGAGAGCUGAUGCGAUUCCAAUCCGAAGUGCAAAGGCAUCAAGAGAUAUCGCGAGUGAUUACAAGUACAAAGAAGCUCACGAGAAGCAGAAAGGCCACUACGUUGGGUGCCGGACAGCCCAAGAGGAUCCCAAGCUGUCAUUUGCUGCGCGUGCCAUGUUGCUGCAGAACGACCGCAUUUACAGGAAGGCAUACCACGAUUCGAAGGCCCAGGUCCACCUGCCCGUUGAUGCGUUGUCAGUGCAGGCAGCCAAGGAGUGCCAGACGCUGGUCAGUGAUAUCGACUACCGCCACUACCUGCACCAGUGGACCUGUCUGCCUGACCAGAAUGACGUGAUCCACGCCAGGAAAGCCUACGACCUGCAGAGUGAUAACGUGUACAAGUCGGACCUGGAGUGGUUGCGAGGCAUUGGCUGGCUGACAGAAGGUUCUGUGGAUGUGGUUAAAGCAAAGAAAGCCCAGGAAAUCCUGAGCGACAGGCUGUACCGCACACGUCCGGAGGAGUUGAAGUUCACCAGCAUAACUGACACACCAGAUGUCGUCCAGGCCAAGAUCAAUGCUUUGCAGCUCAGCGAUCAUCUGUACCGUGAGGCCUGGGAUAGAGAUAAGAUGCAGAUCUCCAUACCUUCUGAUACUCCCGUAAUGCUGCAAUCCAAAGUCAAUGCUCAGAACAUCAGCAACAAACAUUAUCAGAAGGCCUGGGAUGAGGCCAAGGCAAAAAGCUAUGACAUAAGAGCUGAUGCCAUUCCCAUCAAACAUGCCAAGGCUUCCAGAGACAUCGCUAGUGAGUACAAGUACAAAGAAGCUCACGAGAAGCAGAAAGGCCACUACGUUGGGUGCCGGACAGCCCAAGAGGAUCCCAAGCUGUCGUUUGCUGCGCGUGCCAUGUUGCUGCAGAACGACCGCAUUUACAGGAAGGCAUACCACGAUUCGAAGGCCCAGGUCCACCUGCCCGUUGAUGCGUUGUCAGUGCAGGCAGCCAAGGAGUGCCAGACGCUGGUCAGUGAUAUCGACUACCGCCACUACCUGCACCAGUGGACCUGUCUGCCUGACCAGAAUGACGUGAUCCACGCCAGGAAAGCCUACGACCUGCAGAGUGAUAACGUGUACAAGUCGGACCUGGAGUGGUUGCGAGGCAUUGGCUGGCUGACAGAAGGUUCUGUGGAUGUGGUUAAAGCAAAGAAAGCCCAGGAAAUCCUGAGCGACAGGCUGUACCGCACACGUCCGGAGGAGUUGAAGUUCACCAGCAUAACUGACACACCAGAUGUCAUCCAGGCCAAGAUCAAUGCUUUGCAGCUCAGCGAUCAUCUGUACCGUGAGGCCUGGGAUAGAGAUAAGAUGCAGAUCUCCAUACCUUCUGAUACUCCCGUAAUGCUGCAAUCCAAAGUCAAUGCUCAGAACAUCAGCAACAAACAUUAUCAGAAGGCCUGGGAUGAGGCCAAGGCAAAAAGCUAUGACAUAAGAGCUGAUGCCAUUCCCAUCAAACAUGCCAAGGCUUCCAGAGACAUCGCUAGUGAGUACAAGUACAAAGAAGCUCACGAGAAGCAGAAAGGCCACUACGUUGGGUGCCGGACAGCCCAAGAGGAUCCCAAGCUGUCGUUUGCUGCACGUGCCAUGUUGCUGCAGAACGACCGCAUUUACAGGAAGGCAUACCACGAUUCGAAGGCCCAGGUCCACCUGCCCGUUGAUGCGUUGUCAGUGCAAGCAGCCAAGGAGUGCCAGACGCUGGUCAGUGAUAUCGACUACCGCCACUACCUGCACCAGUGGACCUGUCUGCCUGACCAGAAUGACGUGAUCCACGCCAGGAAAGCCUACGACCUGCAGAGUGAUAACGUGUACAAGUCGGACCUGGAGUGGUUGCGAGGCAUUGGCUGGCUGACAGAAGGUUCUGUGGAUGUGGUUAAAGCAAAGAAAGCCCAGGAAAUCCUGAGCGACAGGCUGUACCGCACACGUCCGGAGGAGUUGAAGUUCACCAGCAUAACUGACACACCAGAUGUCAUCCAGGCCAAGAUCAAUGCUUUGCAGCUCAGCGAUCAUCUGUACCGUGAGGCCUGGGAUAGAGAUAAGAUGCAGAUCUCCAUACCUUCUGAUACUCCCGUAAUGCUGCAAUCCAAAGUCAAUGCUCAGAACAUCAGCAACACACAUUAUCAGAAGGCCUGGGAUGAGGCCAAGGCAAAAAGCUAUGACAUAAGAGCUGAUGCCAUUCCCAUCAAACAUGCCAAGGCUUCCAGAGACAUCGCUAGUGAGUACAAGUACAAAGAAGCUCAUGAGAAACAGAAAGGCCACUACAUUGGGUGCCGGACAGCCCAAGAGGAUCCCAAGCUGUCGUUUGCUGCGCGUGCCAUGUUGCUGCAGAACGACCGCAUUUACAGGAAGGCAUACCACGAUUCGAAGGCCCAGGUCCACCUGCCCGUUGAUGCGUUGUCAGUGCAGGCAGCCAAGGAGUGCCAGACGCUGGUCAGUGAUAUCGACUACCGCCACUACCUGCACCGGUGGACCUGUCUGCCUGACCAGAAUGAUGUGAUCCACGCCAGGAAAGCCUACGACCUGCAGAGUGAUGUUGUUUAUAAGUCAGACCUAGAAUGGCUCCGUGGAAUUGGUUGGCUGCCUAAUGACUCUCCAGAUGUUAAGAGAGUGAAGAAUGCCCAGGAUCUCCUGAGUGAUAACGUGUACCGCACACCUAUUGAAAGCCUGAAGUACACCAGUGUUGUCGAUUCUCCAGACGUUGUUUUGGCUAAAGUGAACGCUGAACAAAUCAGCAUUCCAAAAUACAAAGAAGCCUGGGAAAAGGACAAGACUAUGAUCCAUAUUACGCCAGACACACCUGAAAUCACCCUAGCCAGGACUAAUGCUCUUAAUUACAGCCAGAAACUGUAUAAAGAAGCCUGGGAUGAACUGAAGAUGAGUUAUGAUUUGAGAGCAGAUGCAAUCCCAAUCAAGGCAGCCAAAGCUUCUAGAGAAAUUGCUAGUGAUUAUAAAUACAAACUGGAUCAUGAGAAGCAGAAAGGACAUUAUGUUGGAGUUCCAAAUGCAAAAGCGGAUACAAGAAUGCAGUUUGCCCUUGGCAUAGGAAAGGUGCAGAGUGAACUAGAAUACAAGAAAUACUUUGCCAAAUGGAAGACACAGUGCCACCUGCCAGUAGAUAUGCUGUCUAUCCAGUCAGCUAAACAUGGCCAGUCUUUGGUCAGUGAUAUUGAUUACCGUCAUUACUUGCAUCAAUGGAUCUGUCUUCCGGAUCAGAAUGAUGUCAUACACGCCAGGAAAGCCUACGAUCUUCAAAGUGAUGCAGUUUACAAGUCUGAUUUAGAAUGGCUACGGGGAAUUGGAUGGUUGCCAAAUGAUUCAGUCGGAAUAAACCAUGUCAAACAUGCUGGAGACCUCUUGAGUGAGAGGAAGUACCGUACAAAAGCUGAAACUCUUCCAUUUACUCCAGUGGCGGACAGAGUUGAUUAUAUCACAGCAAAGAAUAGCGGGGAAAUUCUUAGUGAUAUAAAAUACCACAAAGAGUGGAAUGAGGUCAAGUCAAAUUAUACUCUGACAGAUACACCACAGCUAGAUAUGGCUCGUGAGGCAGCCAGAAUUCUUAAUCAGAAUUUAUACAAGGAAAGCUGGGAGAAAGAAAAAGCCACUGGUUACCUCUUACCUCCUGACACUGUGCAGAUCUGUCAUGCCAAACACUCAACUGAUGUCCAAAGUGAGCUUAAAUACAAAGCUGACUAUGUCAAACAAAGAGGUCAUUAUGUUGGAGUUGCCAGUAUGAGAGAUGACCCGAAACUGGUGUGGUUUGAGCAUGCCGGCGAGAUCCAAAACGACAGGUUGUACAAAUCAGAUUAUCACAAAACGAAGUCCAAAAUACACAUCCCUCCAGAUAUGGUGUCAGUUGUAGCAGCCAGGGAGUGUCAGACCUUGGUCAGUGAUAUUGACUACCGCCAAUACCUGCACGAAUGGACAUGCCACCCUGACCAGAAUGACUGUAUUCAGGCAAGGAAGGCCUAUGAUCUGCAAAGUGAUAAUAUUUAUAAAUCUGAUUUGGAAUGGCUCCGUGGCUGUGGUUGGAUUCCUCUGGAUUCAGUAGAACAUAAGAAAGUUAAGAAUGCACAAGAACUGAUAAAUAAGAGAGCAUAUACGAAAGAAGCCCUUGAUAACUUUUCCAAUUAUACCAGUGUGGUUGACACUCCAGACAUUGUCUUGGCAAAGAUUAACUCCGUCAAUCAGAGUGAUCUAAAAUACAAAGAAACAUUUAACCUUGAGAAAGGACAGUACAUUGGGUCUGAUGAUACUCCCGCACUGAACCACGCCAGAGACAUGUCCUUACUGUACAGUGAUAAACGUUAUAAAAAUGCUUGGGAAAUCAGCAAGCCCAUUGGGUAUUCUUUGGAUGAGAAAUACAUUCCACUUGUUGGAGCCAAGCAUGCAAACUACAUAAACAGUGACCUUAAAUAUAAGGAAAUAUAUGAGAAACUGAAAGGACAUUACCUAGCUGGGAAGGAGAUUGGUGAUUUCCCCAGUGUCGUUCAUUCACUAGCAUUCCAGAAAAUAAGGAGCGCGUUGGCGUAUAGAAAGAAUUAUGAAGACACCAAAGCAAAUGUCCAUAUUCCAAGUGACAUGAUGAAUCAUGUACUAGCUAAGAAGUGCCAGUAUAUCCUUAGCGAUCUUGAAUACCGAACUUACUUCCAUCAGUGGAAUUGUUCACCUGAAGAAAAUGAUGUUAUUCAAGCCAGAAGAGCCCAGGAAAUUUUGAGUGAUGUGGUGUAUAAAGAUGACUUAAAUUGGCUGAAGGGACUUGGAUGCUACGUCUGGGAUACUCCACAAAUCCUGCAUGCUAAAAAAUCAUAUGACCUCCAGAGCCAAAUAAAAUACACAGCUGCAGGAAAAGAAAAUCUUCAGAACUUUGGUGUUGUUACUGAAACACCAGUCUACGUGACUGCAGUGCAAAGUGGUAUAAAUGCCAGUGAUGUGAAAUACAAAGAAGAUUACCAUAAAACUAAGGACAAGUAUACAACUGUGACUGAAACAGUGGAUUCUGAAAGAGUUCAAAAUUUGAAACAUCUUUUUAGCAAUAAUCUUUACAAGGAAGCCUGGGACAAAGUGAAAGCUACUAGCUAUAUAAUGCCCUCUGAUGCUGUAUCCUUAGCACGUGCGAAAGAACUGAAACAUAAUGCUAGUUAUGUAAAAUACCGAGAAGAAUAUGACAAGUUUAAAGCACUUUACACGAUACCCAAAGGUGUUGAGGAUGAUCCCAAUACAGCAAGGUGUCUUAGAGUUGGAAAACUUAAUAUUGAUCGUCUGUACAAGGAAACCUAUGAAAAGAAUAAAGCCAAAGUCCACAUUAUUCCAGACAUGGUAGACAUCGUUUCUGCUAGGGAUGCACAGCAGAAAAUCAGUGAAAUUGAUUACCGUACACAUCUCCAUGAAUGGAUCUGCCUACCAGAUCUUCAAAUCAAUGCCCAUGUUCGAAAAGUAACUGAUCAACUCAGUGAUGUGGUAUACAAGGAUGACCUUAACUGGCUGAAAGGCAUUGGCUGCUUCGUUUGGGACACUCCUGAGAUUCUCCAUGCCAAACAUGCCUACGACCUUCGCAGUGAUAUUAAGUACAAAUCUAAGGCAGAAAAGAUGAAGAGUGACUACACUGUGGUCAUGGAUACUCCUGUCUAUGUCCAGAAUGUCCUCAGUGGCUUGAAUUUAAGUGAAGCUAUCUAUCGUGGUGAAUAUAAGCAUAAUAUCAAAGGCAAAAUGAUUCCUACAGAUAAAACAGUAGAUUUAGAGCGGGCAUAUCAUGCCAACAAAAUACAGAGUGAAAAUUUGUAUCGCUGGGCUGGUGUGAAUGCUCUACCUACUGGAUACAGCCUUCCUACAGAUACCCCCAGCUUUCAGCAUGCUAAACAUGUCCAAUACAUUGGCAGUGAUCUGAAAUACAAAGAAGCCUAUGAACAUAUGAAAGCUAAAGGCUAUACUCUGGGACCUAAAGAUGUUGGGUUUGAGAAUGUGAAGAAAGUGAAUCAAGUCAUUAAUGAGAGGUUGUAUCGGGCAACAUACCACAAGAACAAGGACAAGAUUCAUACCACUCCAGACACACCAGAAAUCCGUCAAGUCAAAGCAACACAGGAAGCUGUCAGUGAUUUGAUCUACAAGUCAGAUUUCUUCAGGAUGCAGGGACACUUGAUUUCCUUGCCAUAUACUCAGGUGUUGCACUGCCGCUAUGUUGGAGACAUCACAAGUGAUAUUAAAUACAAAGAGGAUCUGAAUUGGUUGAAGGGCUUAGGUUGCUUCCUAUAUGACACUCCUGAUAUGGUCCGUGCUCGUCAGCUGCGUAAGCUUUGGUCUAACUACAUAUACACUGAUACAGCAAAGAAGAUGCGGGAUAAAUACAGUGUGGUAUUGGAUACUCCUGGAUACAGGACAGUUCAGGAACUAAAAACCCAUUUGAGUGAACUUGUUUACAGAGCUGCAGGCAAGGAGCUGAAGACAAAAUACACUUCCAUCCUUGAUACACCUGACUUCUUAAGAGCCAAACAAGGACAAAAAAUACAGAGCCAGUACUUGUAUGUGGAGCUUGCCACAAAAGAGAGACCUCACCACCAUGCUGAUGGUCAGACUCCAGCCUUCACACAUGCUAGGCAUGUAAAGGACAUGGUCAGCGAGACAAAGUAUAAAACCCAGUAUGAGAAGAUGAAGGACAAAUACACACCUGUCCCUGACACACCAGUCUUGAUCAGAGCCAAGAGAGCGUACCUGAAUGCCAGUGAUUUGCGCUACAAAGAAACCUUUGAGAAUACUAAGGGGAAAUACCACACAGUGAAAGAUGCUUUGGAUAUUGUCUAUCAUCGGAAGGUCACUGAUGAUAUUAGCAGUGUGAAAUAUAAGGAAAACUAUAUGAGCCAGCUGGGAAUCUGGAGAUCGAUCCCAGACCGACCAGAACAUUUCCAUCAUCGCGCAGUCACAGAUGCUAUUAGUGAUGUUAAAUACAAGGAAGACUUAUCAUGGCUCAGAGGCAUUGGCUGUUAUGCAUGGGAUACUCCAGAUUUUGCUCUGGCUGAAAAGAAUAAAGUGCUCUACAGUGGGUGUAAGUACAAGGAGAUAUUUGAAAAGACUAAGUCUCAUUUUAACUAUGUAGCUGACUCUCCAAUUAACAAGCAUUUUAAACAUGCAACUCAAUUGAUGGAUGGGAAAAAAUAUAAAUCCUUUGCCAAGAUGCUCCUGCAACAUGGAUGUAAUGAAAUUCUGAGGCCAGAUAUGCUGACAGCUCUCUACAACACAUACUUAUGGAGCCAGGUUGAGUACAAAAAAGACUAUGAAAAGAAGAAAGAUAAGUACACUACAGUUGUGGAUACUCCAGAACACUUAAGGACUACAAAAGUCAACAAACAGAUUAGUGAUAUUAUCUACAAAUUGGAAUAUAACAAAGCGAAGCCUAAGGGCUAUACUACAAUUCAUGAUACGCCUAUGUUACUGCACGUGCGCAAGGUCAAGGACAGAAUAAGUGAUCUGAAAUACAAAGAAGUGUACGAGAGGAAUAAAUCUCACUGCAAUGUUGUAGCAGAUUCUGUUCACAUUAAGACUCCAAGGCAUGCUUACAAGCUAAACAGCAACCUUGAUUAUAAGAAGAAAUAUGAAGCAGCCAAGGCUCAUUGGCACUGGAUUGCUGAUAGACCUGACUUUGUUCAAGCGGCCAAGUCGUCUCUGCAACAGAGUGAUUAUGAAUACAAACUGGACCGGGAAUUCCUAAAGGGGUGCAAACUCUCUGUCACAGAUGAUAAAAACACAGUACUGGCUUUAAAUAAUGCCAUCUUGUCAAGUGAUGUAAAAUACAAGGAGAAGCACAACAAAGCUCGAGGAACGUGCCUUGUUGUUCCAGAUACACCUCAGAUCCUCCUGGCUAAGAAUGUCAGCUCUCUGGUAUCUGAGAACAAAUACAAAGAACACAGCAAGAAACAGCUACCACAUGGGUCUUAUACUACCCUGCCUGAGACAAGAGACACGGCUCAUGUGAAACAAGUGACCAAGAAUGUCAGCGAAACAAAUUAUAAAAAGAAGUUCGUGAAGGAGAAAGGCAAAUCCAAUUAUUCUAUCAUGCUGGAGCCUCCUGAAGUGAAACAUGCCAUGGAAGUUGCUAAAAAACAGAGUACAAUUGAAUACAAGAAAGAUGCCAAGUCAAAGCUCCACUACACACCUAUAGCAGAUCGACCAGAUAUUAAGAAAGCAACUCAGGCUGCCAAGUUAAUUAGUGACAUUGAAUAUAAAAAGCGUGGAGAAGCUGGCAUUGGUGUUACCAUGCUGGGACGUCCGGAUAUUGAGCUGGCAAAAGAGGUGUCCAAGCUAACUAGUCAGGCGGAAUACCUCAAGCGCCAUAUGAGAGGGCAUGGAGCAGCAUCUUAUGAUACCCCAUGGAUGAGAACGUUUAAGAAAGCUAAUAUGCUAAGUAGUCAUGUGAAAUACAAGGAGAAUUUUUCCAAAGAGAUGGGUAAAAAACCCAAGUAUGAUUUAAAGGAGGCUAAGAUCUACAAGACCAUGAAAGAUGCUCACAACAUGGCUAGUGAGGUGAAAUACAAGGCAGAUUUAAAGAAACUUCAUAAGCCUGUUACAGACAUGUCUGAAUCGCUGAUCAUGAACCAUGUCCUGAGUACAAGCCAACUCGCCAGUGCUUACCAGUACAAGAAGCAGUAUGAGAAGAGUAAGGGUCACUACCUUGUGGUGCCAGAUAAUCUUGAACAGGUUCACCUAAGGGAGGCAUCAGAACUACAGAGCCACGUGAAAUAUAAAGAAAAGUAUGAGAAGGAAAAAGGUAAACCUAUGUUGGACUUUGAAACUCCAACAUACCUUACUGCAAAGGAAUCUCAGCUCAUGCAGAGUGAGAAAGAAUAUAAGAGGGACUUUGAAGAGUCCAUUAAGGGCCGAAACCUUACUGGCUUGGAGAUUACACCAUCCUUAUUACAUGUCAAAUAUGCAACCAAAAUAGCAAGCGAGAAAGAGUACAGGAAGGAUCUGGAGGAAGGUGUCAAAGGUAAAGGAUUAACAGCUUUAGAGGAGACUCCAGACAUGUUAAGAGCAAAGAAUGCAACUCAAAUCCUGAAUGAGAAAGAGUACAAAAAAGCCUUGGAAUUAGAAAUUAGAGGAAAAGGUCUCACAGAACUGGCUUUGGAGACACCGGAUUUUGUGAGAGCAAAGAAUGCCACAGACAUUGCCAGUCAGAUCAAAUACAAGCAGUUGGCAGAAAUGGAGAAAGCCAACUACACGAGUGUUGUCGAUACUCCAGAGAUUAUUCAUGCCCAGCAAGUCAAAAACCUUUCAAGCCAGAAAAAGUACAAGGAAGAUGCAGAAAGGACCAUGCCAUACUAUGUGCCUGUAGCAGACACACCAGAAAUGCAGAGAGUCCGUGAGAAUCAAAAGAACUUCAGCACACUUCAGUAUCAGUGGGACCUACAGAACAGCAAAGGAAAAGUUACAGUUGUACAAGAUACACCAGAAAUGCUGCGUGUGAAAGAAAACCAGAAGAAUUUCAGCUCGAUUUUAUAUAAAGAAGAUAUUGGAACUGGAACUACGAUUGAAAAGACACCAGAGAUGCAGAGAGUUAAACAAACACAAGAUGCAAUUAGCUCGAUUAAGUACAAGGAGAGUAUUGGAAAAGGAACUCCAAUUCCCGAUCUCCCCGAAGUGAAACGUGUCAAGGAGACACAGAAGCACAUCAGCUCGGUAUUGUACAAAGAGGACCUAGGGACAGGUAUCCCAACACCUGUCACUCCAGAAAUAGAGAGAGUGAAACGCAAUCAAGAACACAUUAGCUCGGUGUUGUACAAAGAGGAUCUGGGGACAGGAACCCCAAUACCUGUCACUCCUGAGGUUGAGAGGGUGAAACGCAAUCAAGAACACAUUAGCUCGGUGUUGUACAAAGAGAGCGUGGGGACUGGAACCCCCACUCCGAUCACUCCAGAGAUGGAGAGGGUCAAACGCAAUCAAGAAAUCUGUAGCUCGGUGUUGUAUAAAGAAAACAUAGGGAAAGCCACCCCAACACCUGUCACUCCUGAGAUGGAAAGAGUCAAACGCAAUCAAGAGAUCAUUAGCUCGGUUUUGUACAAAGAAAAUGUGGGGAAAGUGACCCCAACACCAAUCACUCCAGAGAUGGAGAGAGUCAAGCGCAAUCAAGAAAUCAUUAGCUCGGUGUUAUACAAAGAAAACUUGGGGCGCGCAACCCCCACACCUAUCACUCCAGAGAUGGAGAGAGUGAAACGCAAUCAAGAACAAAUUAGCUCGGUUGUAUACAAAGAAGGCUUAGGGAAGGCAACCCCCACACCGGUCACUCCAGAGAUGGAGAGAGUCAAACGCAAUCAAGAACAGAUUAGCUCGGUUUUGUACAAAGAACAUCUAGCAAAAGGAACUCCAACACCAAUGACUCCAGAGAUGGAGAGAGCUAAACGCAAUCAAGAAAACAUCAGCUCGGUUCUUUAUUCAGAUAGCUUCCGAAAACAAGUACAAGGCAAAGCUGCUUAUGUACUGGAUACACCUGAAAUGCGGCGCGUACGAGAGACCCAGAAACACAUUUCCACGGUGAAAUACCAUGAGGAUUUUGAGAAAAGCAAAGGUACUUUCACACCUGUAGUUACUGACCCCAUUACAGAACGUGUGAAAAAGAACAUGCAAGACUUCAGUGACAUCAGCUACAGAGGCAUUCAAAGGCGAGUAGUAGAAAUGGAGAGAAAGCGUGUGGACCAGGACCAAGAGAAUCUCACAGGUCUUCGUGUGUGGCGCACCAAUCCUGGCUCAGUCUUUGACUACGACCCAGCAGAAGACAACAUUCAGUCCAGAAGCCUACACAUGAUCUCAGUCCAAGCCCAGCGCCGCAGCCGGGAGCAUUCCCGCUCUGCCAGUGCCUUGAGCAUCAGUGGUGGGGAUGAAAAAUCUGAGCCCUCGGAAGGGAUGGAUCAACAUUUGUCCUACUACAGCAACGGGGGCUUCUUUACCUCAACUACCACAGUGGGCUAUAAACAUGCUAAAACCAUAGAGUUGCCACAACAAAGGUCAUCUUCAGUUGCCACCCAGCAAACAACGGUAUCGUCAGUUCCUUCCCAUCCAUCGACCGCUGGCAAGACGUAUCGGGCCAUGUAUGACUACAUGGCAGCUGACGCUGAUGAAGUUUCCUUCAAAGACGGUGACACGAUCGUAAACGUGCAAGCCAUCGAUGAAGGCUGGAUGUACGGGACUGUCCAGAGAACUGGCAAGACGGGCAUGCUGCCAGCCAACUACGUAGAAGCUGUCUAAAUCAAAACCCCUUUCCCUAAGGCACAUCUGCAUGGCCCAGACACGCCGGCCACGUCUCACACAUUAGAAGAGUUUCUAACACUUCUCCAAAGUGCUUUGUCUUCCAUGCUGAUAGUGCCUUAUAAACCACCACAGAGAAAAAAACUGCAGAACAAAAUAUUUCUGAAACAGCUCUUCAAAAUAUGUUUGAUAACUACCUGUAAACACACU